CGCGGUGCUGCCGGAAGAGGUCGCGCGUCUUGCGGCUUGGCCCGAACAGUACGAAGCUGCGCCGCAUGUCGACCUCUCGCGCGCAGGGCCUCGGCUACCGGCGCGGCGUCAAGGUGGUGCCGCUGCUCUCGGACACGCUGCCCGAGGCGGUUCUGGACGUGAUGGCGCGGCAGGACUUGACUUGGCUCACCGACUUGCUCGACGAGGAGGAGCGCGAGCGCGAGGAGAUGACGGACACAAAGAUCUCCGCGCUGCAGCUCGAGCAGGCGCGCGUCACCGACAAGUGCCUCGAGAUCCAGGAGUCGCUCAUCAACCUGCACGCGCACAUGCGCGAGACCGCGCAACCUUACCCUGGCGGCACGAUGCUGCCUUUCGGCGGCUCGCUGCGCGCCGGCGCCGCGUCGGCGACCGGCUACAGCUCCGCCACCGAGAUGACGCCGCGGCAGUCUCCGCGCUCGGGCUCCCCCCGCGGCGCCUCGCCGGUCGAGCUCACGUCGGCGUCGUCGACGGAGCUGCCGCGGCCGACGGCGCACAAGGCGACGGCCAGGGGCGGCGUGGCGACGGCCCCCGUCAGCUCUUCGGUCAUCUCUCCCCACAGCGGCGACGGGCUGGCGUCCUUCUCCAACAAUCCGCUGGCGAGCUUCAGCGUGAGCCCCGAGGUGUCGCGCUCGCCGCCGCCGCCGGCUGGCGGAGCCCCGAUUGCCGACGCGGCGCUGGUCGAGUCGCUCCGCAAGCAGCUGAACGACGCUCAGCGCGCGCUCGCCGCGCACUCCACGGCGCACGUGCACGCGCGGUCGCAGCAGAACCCGAAGUACCCGCCGCGCUUCCCGGUCGAGGACGCAAAGGUGAGCUGGAAGGUGCCCUGGCCAGAGUACUCGCCGGUGCCCUUCGUGGCCCCCUCGGUGCUCGCGGCCGAGCGGAGCGACACCAACCCGAACGGCUGGGCCGACAGCCCGCGGCCGAACCUCGCGGAGCUCAAGCACCGCCUCUCGUGCGAGGGCCCCCUCUUCUUCGACGCGGACCAGCGGCCAGUCAACCCGCGCGGCCGCACCGGCGUGUGCGGGCGGGGCAUGCUCGGCAAGUGGGGGCCCAACCGGGCCGCCGACCCGAUCGUGACGCGCUGGAAGCCCGGCGACAAGCGGAAGCUGCAGAUUGUCGCCAUCCAGCGCGGCGACACGGGCGUCUGGGCGCUGCCGGGCGGGAUGGUGGACGCGGGCGAGGUUGUGUCGGUGACGGUGCGGCGCGAGUUCGCCGAGGAGGCGGGCAACAUGGCCUCCGACGCCGAGCGCGCCGCCUUCAACGCGGCCGUCGACGAGCUGUUUGCGCACGGCGAGGUGGUGUACCGCGGCUACGUCGACGACCCGCGCAACACGGACAACGCGUGGAUGGAGACGACGGCGUUCCACUUCCACUGCACGGCCGACCUCGCCGUCCAGCUGCCGCUCCGCGCGGGCGACGACGCGCACAACGUGACCUGGCUCGACGUGGACGACGCCGAGCCGCGCUACGCCGCGCUGUACGCCUCGCACAAGGACUGGGUGGACCGGGUGGCGUGCGAGCUGCGCUUGAGAAAGGGCCACUCGCCAAAGGCCGUCGCCGCCCCUGCGGAGGCGACUCCCCCGGCGCCCCAGGGCCGCCGCAAGCCGCAGCGCAGCAUGCUGGGCCUGGGCCGGCUUCGGAUCGGCUCGCCCAAGGCGGCUCGGCCCGCGACGACCGGGUACGGCGCGUCGCCGCCGCCCUCGCCGCCGCCCUCGGAGCCCGCUUCGCCUACCGCCUCGCCGCCGCCGUCGCUGCCGCCGUCGCCGCCGCCGCCGCCGAGGAGAAGCUCGUGCGUCUCCGCCACUGCCGACUUCUUGGUGUGAGCUUCUGUCGAGAGCCGCCACCGCCCCCGCUUAUUGAGCUCUGCCCCCGCGGCAACCCGCCGCCAAUAUGUAGGUAGGUAGCUCACACACCUCUGACCCCCUCGCUGUAUAUCUCUCUUUUCUCUCACUCGAGGGAGCGAGCGCCGGCCGCGAGUGAGUCCCCCUUUGUUGCAUCCAUGCAUGUCCGCGCGAGACGAUGAUCGAUGGGGUGCAACAACUACGAUGGGGUUUUACCUUUGUAACGUACGUAUAAUUGGUAAUAG